CAAUCAGCUGUUUUGCGUUCAAAGUACAAACACUGUACAGUUGAAAUUGUAAAUUUGUAAUUGUGAACUUGUGAAGUGCCGACUACAUUGUAGAAGUCAAAUAGAACAAUUUAUACUUUGCCAAAAUGAUGCGAGCAGCAGCAGAUCAAAUGAUAAGAACCUUUUCCGGAAAUACAUCUGGAUUAUGUAGAAGAUUGGAAGGAAAAGUUGCAAUUGUCACUGCAUCUACACAAGGAAUUGGGUUCUCUAUUGCAAAAAGGUUAGCAGAAGAAGGUGCUAAAGUUAUGAUCAGUAGCAGAAAAGAAGCCAAUGUAAACUCUGCAGUACAAAAAUUACUGAACGAAGGAUUACAAGCAUCAGGAGUCGUUUGUCACGUAGCAAACAAAGAAGAUAGAAAACGUCUCUUAGAUGAGACAAAAGCCAAAUUCGGAGGCUUGGAUAUCCUUGUUUCGAACGCAGCCGUGAAUCCAGCUGUCGGUCCAGUUUUAGAUUGCAGUGAAGAUGUUUGGGACAAGAUUUUCGACAUCAAUGUCAAAAGUACAUAUCUGCUCAUGAAAGAGGCUCGACCUCUCCUCAAACAAGGCAAAUCUCCAUCGAUCAUUAUUAUUUCAUCGAUUGCAGGCUAUCAGCCGUUCGGUUUGUUGGGCGUGUACUCAAUUAGUAAAACUGCUUUAAUUGCAUUGUGCAAAGCCACAUAUGAGGAUCUUGCAGGAGAUGGUAUUCGAGUAAAUUGUAUCGCUCCUGGUGUCAUAAAAACCAAAUUUUCACAAGCGAUGUACCAGUCAGAGUCGAUUGAAGAAACAACGAAAUCGAAAAUUCCAAUGGGCCGAUUGGGUUUGCCGGAUGAAAUGGGAGGCAUUGCUGCAUUUUUGGCAAGUGAUGACGCUUCCUACAUAACAGGAGAGACAAUAGUUGCAAGUGGUGGAAUGCCGUCUAGAUUGUAAAAAUUUAAACUUCUAUGGAAAAUUCAGUUUAUAAAAACGUAAUUUUCCAUUUUCACGGGUGAAAUAUUUUUUGUACUCUUAUUAUUGAUUUGUUAAUAAAUAUUUUAUUAUAUCCA